UAGUAAUGUAUAAUGGUAUUGGUGAGGCACAGGUAUAGACCCUGGGGCCAUACCAUACCAAUACCAUUACCAUACUUCCAAAUCCUAAUUAACAUCUCAAAACUAAAUCAAAUCAAAUCAAUUAUAUUAAUCAAGGGUUUGGUUUUUCUUCUCGAAUAUCCUCAAUUCUCAAUCCUCAUCUCUCUGUACUAUCCUCUACUCCAUUAUCCACAACUUCUCACCCUUAAUCGAUCAAUCUCCAUAUCCAUACCUCAGAUCUACGUUGUUUUUAUCACUGCUACUCAUUCGUCGUUUCGAUCUAUCCCUUGCCGUUUCCCUUUAGGGUAAUUUAGAUCCGUUGAUGUUACAUUAGAACCUAACCUGUAGUUCUUCCAAAAGCCUAAGCAACAGAACAAGGAAUCUUCCCAGAUUCUUUUUCUGUGCUCAUUAGCCUUUCAUAGAGAACCGGAAGAAAUUCCUUUUCAGCUCAUCUUAUAUAAUCAAUCUCCGAUCGAUCGCUUUUUCUCAACCUCUUUGCACUGGUCCACGCGCUCGCUUCGGAUAUGGAUUUGGACGAUUUCCGAUCCAUAUUGGACACCUCGGGCGUCGACGUCUGGAUGUUCAUCGACGCUGCAAUCGCCGUCGCCUCCGCGGACUGCGCUGCCGAAUUGAAGCGCCGCCGCGACUCCAUCGUGGAGAGUCUCUACUCCGCCACAGCCGCGCCUCCGCAGUGCCGCAAUUGUGGCGACGGCCACCGCCUCAGGCCCAACGGCCACCAAGUCGCGAAGCAGAACAGCCCUAGCCCUAGCCCCGAACGGCAACCUCAGCGACGCGCCGCCGCCGCUACAGCCAAUUCCCCUGCGACGCCGCAGUCUCUGGAAAACGAUGACGGCGGCGAGGAGUUGGAUCCUUACGGUGGUUUGUUCGACGACGAACAGAAGAAGAUUCUAGAUAUUAAAGAGCAACUCGAAGAGCCUGACCAGUCUGAAGAUUCCUUGGUGGAGUUGCUGCAAAGCCUUGCGGACAUGGAUAUUACAUUCCAAGCUUUGAAGGAAACUGACAUCGGGAGGCACGUGAAUCGGUUACGGAAGCAUCCUUCAAACGACGUUCGUCGAUUGGUGAAGCUGCUUGUCAGGAAGUGGAAGGAAAUUGUGGAUGAGUGGGUGAAGUUGAAUCCACAGGGAGGAAGCAACACUCUGAUGGCUGAUGGAGACUCGCCUGUGCAGAAAACCACCCAAAAUGGGCAUCAUCAUCAGGUUGAGAUUCCUGAUUUUGCAUACUCGCCAAAUCCACACAAUGGGAGUUCAGGUUCUGACCGUAACAACUCUGAAGCAGAACACAAACCGAAGGUGAUUCCGCGCAGUGAAGCUCGGCCAAAACCCACGCCUGCACCGUCAGUUUCAACCCCUGCUUCCGCUUCUCAAAACAGACAAAGGCAGAGCAGUUUUGACGCGGAGAGGCUUGCUUCUGCCAGAAGGCGGCUUCAAGAGAACUACAAAGAGGCUGAAAAUGCCAAAAGGCAAAGAACUAUUCAGGUUAUGGACAUCAAUGAGUUACCAAAGUCAAAACCCAAGAAUGCCUUCUUUGGGAAGAACAAAGGUGGUGGUGGUUCUCAGGGAAGGCACUGGUGAUGAUAGUGAAGCACGUAUCCAUUGUUGGUGGUGCCAUUUUGCGUGUAAAAAAACACAGCCUUGUGGCGGUGCCGGAUAAGUCCCAAAUCCUGUUCAUCAUCCCUGUGGAUUUUUCCUCCGCUCAUAAACUUUUUUUUUUCCUUGUGGUUUUUAUUUAAGUUAAUAAUAACCGAAGAAAAGAACUCCUCAAUA